CUGCCCCCCACCAGGCUCCCAGCCUGGUGCCCGCUCGGCCCCUGUACCCUUUGUGGCCUGGCCCUUGCCCCGCUGCUGCUCUGUCCCCGAGGGGUGUGCGGCGAGCAGCUAGGCCCGGUCCACGCUCUCCCCUGCAGAUGGAGGCAGUCAGCCUGGUCCUCUUUGUGCUGGGCCUCCUGCUGCUGCCUCUCUUGGCUGUGCUGCUGAUGGCAUUGUGUGUGCGUUGCCGAGAGCUGCCAGGCUCAUAUGACACUGCUGCCUCCGAUGGUUUGACCCCAAGUAGCAUCGUGAUCAAACCGCCUCCCACUGUCGCCCCCUGGCCACCAGCCACUUCCUACCCGCCUGUGACCUACCUGCUCCAGAGCCAGCCAGACCUGCUCCGCAUCCCGAGAUCCCCACAGCCCCCCGGAGGCUCCCCCCGCAUGCCGUCUUCCCAGCAGGACUCAGAUGGUGCCAACAGCGUGGCCAGCUAUGAGAACGAGGGUGCGUCAGGGGCCCCGGCGGCCCUGGGUGGGAGGAGGCUGGGGCCUGUCCUGGGCUCCGCUGACCCUGUGUCGUUACCCACCCCAGAGGCAGUCUGUGAGGAUGCGGACGAAGAUGAGGAUGAGGAAGACUAUCCCGAGGGCUACUUGGUCGUGCUUCCUGACAACGUCCCGGCCACUGGCGCCGCCGUCCCACCAGCUCCUGCGUCCAGCAACCCUGGCCUCCGAGAUAGCGCCUUCUCCAUGGAGUCGGGGGAAGAUUACGUGAAUGUCCCUGAGAGCGAGGGGAGCGCGGAUGCGUCUCUGGAUGGGAGCCGGGAGUACGUGAACGUGUCCCAGGAGCUGCCGCCCGUGGCGAGGACCAAGCCUGGUGUGUGUCGGGGGAGCCGGCCGGAGUUCCCAGGAGGUGGAGGGUGAGGAAGCUCCAGAUUACGAGAAUCUCCAGAUCCACUGAAGGCCCGAACUUUAAAAAUUGUCUAAGCAACUGAAAAAGCUAACGGGCACAGUCCUCUUCAGACGUGACUUAGAGAUGACUUACCUGGGGGUUUUGCGAAAAUGCAGAUUCUGAUUCAGUCCAUCUGGGAUGUAGCCUGAGACUCUGCAUUCCUAACGAGCUCCCAAGUGGUUCUACUGCUGCUGCUCCAAGACCGCCCCCCUCUGAGUACGAGGGUCUGGUGGAUACCCUGGUCGUUGGGACUGGCCCCCAUGCGGGCGUGUGACAACCUGGCCAGAGUGAGGCCCAGCGCUGGACAUGAGCAGGAAGUGUCAGGAAGGAGAAGCUUUUUUUUUUUUUUUUUUUUUUUUGCGGUACGCGAGCCUCUCACUGUUGUGGCCUCUCCUGUUGCGGAGCACAGGCUC